AUGGCUCUGUCAAAUAUCUCGCUGUGGAUUCGGGAUGCCUGGGCUGUGGUUUGGGACAUCCGGGUGCCAGGAGAGUGCUCGGCUCAUCCAUUCCUGCCCCCAGCCCUUGUCCCCAGCCGGGGAGAUGGAACCCACGAUGCCCGUGCCGUGGUGAUGCCAGCACCUUGGCAAUGCCAGCAGCUCAGCAGUGCCUCAGGACUGGGCUGUGUCACUCACAGCCCCAAAGGAGCACGUGGCAGCAAAGGGGGGACCACCUCUAACCUGGACCUCGAGAGCAAGAAAGCCGCCCCUGCCAAGCUGCCAUGGCAGCAGCCCGUGAACGUCUUCCUGGCCUCUGGGCGCCCACCGGGCAUGGAGCAGCUGCACCAGGAGGCUCAGCUCAACCUGCAGAGCUUGCUGCAAGAGGAAUAUGAGGAGCAGUACACCGAGAGCAGGGUCACCGGGCAGACCUUCCGUGCUGCUGGGCACCUGCCCCCCGACACCUCCCCCGAGCCAUCACCUCGACCCCCACCUGCCAAGCGCCUUGAGUUCGUGCUUAUGCCCCCGAGCCAGCGAGCGGCCGAAGAGGAGAGCACCAGCAGCACCGUGCUCGGUGCUCGGCCUUCUGACACCUCCCUGAGCCUCCCCACCAGCCCGGACAAGCAGCCCCCCUGGCCCAGGGCCUUCCCCCUGCCCCCCGUGGAGGAGAAGCAGUGGCACCAGCCCGGCUCCAUCCAGACCAACAUUGUCCCCAUCAAUGUCUCGGGGCAGCACUUUGCUAGGCACGCGAGUGCUCGUCACUCCCUGUUUAACACAGAGACCGCGAUGAACCCCAAGUCCACCCUGCGGCGCAGACGGACCAUUAUUGGAUUCCCUAACCUGUCCCUGCGAGACCAAGGCAGCGCCAACGGCCCCACAUCCAGCACCCACGCGCCCAUCGCUGAGUCCCUGUCCUGCAGCUUCGUGCCUGAGACCACGAGCGGGGGGACGCCGCCCCAGGAGAUCAGCCCUCAUCCGCCCCUCUCGGCCCCGCUGAGGAAAACCUUCAGUGACCUCGGGGCCCGCUGCUGCCAGCCACCUGCUGCCAUGGAUGGGGCAGCCAACCCCUGUGCCAGUGCCUGCAAUGGGACGCAGGGCACCCCUUUCUCCCCGCCCUGGAGCCCCCUGGGUUAUGGGAGCCCCCCCAGCCUCAGCACUGGCCCGGGCAAGGGGCCCACCUGCACCUCUCCGGGCGGCUCCAUCGCAUCGCCCGGCCCGGGCUCACCGGCCACCUCCACCUCCUUCUUCAUCGCCACAGAGGAGCGCGUGGGCACCAACGGGCCCAGCUUCUUCUCCGGCCCAGUGCCUGCCUCCCCGCCCAGCUCCGGGUGCACCCAGGGAGCCAAGGGGAAUUUCCUGCCGGGAAGCCGAGAGGAGCCGGCGGCGGGGCCGGCGCAGCUGGAGGUGGAGCGGGCAGGGUGCCGCUUCCGUGAGCGCUCGCUGUCGGUGCCCACUGACUCGGGGUCCCUGUGCUCCGUGGACAUUGCCUACGCCGAGACCCGCCGGGGCAGCGCCAACUACGCCCUGGGCUACCCCAGCGCCAGCUCCGAGGGCAGCACCAGCACCGACAACAUCUCCCUGGGGCUGGAGCCCGAGGGGCAGCGGCGGCGGCGCUCCAAGAGCAUCUCCCUGAAGAAGGCCAAGAAGAAGCCCUCGCCACCCACACGCAGCGUGUCGCUGAUCAAAGAGGGGCAGGACGGGGACGCGGGGCUGAGCGCGGCGCUGCCCAAGGACCAGCGGCCCAAGAGCCUGUGCAUCCCCCCGGAGCUGCAGGGUCACCGGCUGGUGCACGCCGACCCGCAGGGGAGCGCGGGCAGGGAGCCCAACAGCGCGGCUGGUCCCCACCCGUGGCACGUCACGGACUGGAGGGCCGGCAGCGAUCCCUACCAGUCCCUCUCUGGCUCAAGCACCACCACAGGGACCACGGCCGUGGAGUGUGCCAAGACACGGGGCAGCUCUGAGUCCCUCGUGUCCCCUUCGGUCUCCAGGGCCACGACGCCCUCCCAGCUCUCUGCCGAGGCAGACCUCAAGACCUCCUCGCCAGGCAGGCCCACAGGGCUGAUGUCCCCAUCCAGCGGGUACUCCAGUCAGUCGGAGACCCCAACCCCCACCGUACCCACCUCCAGCAUCCUGGGGCACUCCCCGCACCAGGUGCGUGUGAGGCCGCUGGUCCCCGAGAGGAAAUCUUCUCUGCCCCCCACGUCCCCCAUGGAGAGGAGCCCCAAGGGCAGGCUGUCCUUCGACCUGCCGCUCACUCCACCCGCCCACCUCGACCUCUCAGGGCUGAAGAUCUCCCUGAAGGGCAAGACCAAGGUCAGCCGGCACCACUCUGACUCCACCUUUGGCACCAAGCUGGCGCAGAAGAGCGGUGCCAUCGCGCCCAUCAUGCCCGUGGUGACACAGUCCGACCUGCGCUCCGUGCGCCUCCGCUCCGUCAGCCGCUCAGAGCCAGAGGACAGCGCCGACGGCCCGGAGCACACGGAGGAGCCAGCACGUGUCCCCUGCACGGGGCCAGAGAAGAAAGUGAAGCCACCCGUGGCAGAGAAGCCGCCACUGGCCAGGCGCCCCCCGUGCAUCCUGCCCAAGCCCCCAGUUGUGCGGGAGGAGGGGCCCCUGUCCCCCAAAUCCCCACCGGGCACUGCCGCCAAGGAGAAGGGGCUGGCACAGGAUGCCUUCGUGGUGCUGCGGAGAGGGGAGCUCAGGAGGGCUCUGGGGGAGCCCCACUUGUCCCUCACCCCGGCGGGGCCCCGGCGGCUCUCGCAGGGCAGCCUGGACGAGCGGGGCGGCGCCGAGGGGGAGCGCAGGAAGGCCAAGGUGCCACCGCCAGUGCCCAAAAAACCCAGCGUGCUUUACCUGCCGCUCAUGCCAGCCCCGGCGCAGCUGGGAGCUGCUGUGGGGGACCUGCCACCCACCCCCAGCCCCAUCAUCACGCUGGACACUGACCCUGCCUGCUGCGACCCUGACGCUGAGGAUCCGCCAUCCCCCGAGGCUGUGGGCACCAUCCCUGCCAGCGAGCCCGCCCCGGAGCAAGGUGGGUCUCCUCACCCCUGUGGAGGGAUCACCCCAGGGAUAGGGUGUGACUGCACAGGGCAUUCACUGCUGUCUUCUCCCUGCCCCACAGGCAGCUCAGCAGAAGCUGGUGCGGAGGAGAAGAGCUUUGCCAGCGACAAGACGGCCGAGUCCAUCGUGGAGGAGGAUGAUGAAGUGUUCACAACGUCCCGCACCACCGAGGAUCUCUUCACAGUGAUCCACAGGUCCAAGAGGAAGGUCCUGGGGCGGAAAGAGCCUGGGGACACCUUCAGCAGCCGACCCACCUCCCACUCACCUGUAAAGACUUCAGGCUCCCCAACUAGCGAGUCCCUGGCAGCAGCAGCAGCAGCAGGCAGCAGUGGGAAGUCUUCCAGCAGGAACGAGGAUUUUAAAGCCCUGCUGCAGAAGAAGAGCAGCAAAACCAGCCCCGGUACUCGGCCAUCUGCUGCUGAACUGCUCAAGACCACGAACCCGCUGGCCCGGAGGGUCAUCACAGAGUUUGCCCCUGAGCUGGACGGUGCAAACAGCCCCAAAAGCCAGCCCUGACGACACAGGGGCCCCUCCAGCCGGAGGGGUGGCGAUGGCUGCAGAGGGAGCGCUGCUGCAAAGGGCUGUCCUGGCUGCUGGGGAGCCCCUGUGUCCUGCUGGGGGCUUCUUCUGCUUUUGUUCCUUACUUGGAGAGCUGCUGGCAGAGAGGCAGCGGCCGGAGCCCAAGUCCUCAUGACUCUGGGCCCUUCCCACGAGGGAAGCGGCUGGAACUGGCCCUGGCUGAGCCAGCUCCUGGGAUUGAAGGUGCCUGCCCAGGAAGCGGAACAGGAUCACAGCCCCGGUGCCGCCCGGUGCCCGCAGCGAAGCAGCUUCGGACUCUCUGGUCCCUUCGGCAUGUGGUACUUUAAACAGCUUUUCUAAUGCACA